AUGCUGUCCCCCUCCGUGGACACAACAUUGAAGCAACUGGAAACCACGCUCAAGGAGCAUCGCGUGCUGUUCGCCACGGGACAGUUGCGUCCACGAAGCACUCCUUCCACCACGAUUGACCUGUCAUCGAUCCAACGCAUGAUGAACGCCUUCUCUUUGGCUGCAACAGCAACGAGCGCACAACCGCACCCCUCAUGCACACGCGUGCGCCGCGCUGAUAGCGACGAACAGCAUGCUGGCCAGUGCACCCUGCAAAGCAUCCUUGAUGGCUCGUGCCCUGGAGCUAGCACCAGUGGUGUACUUGACCUCACGGUUUCUGGCCACGAAGCAGUGAACAGCACAACUGACACGAGUACUUUGCAAGCGGCGUCAAUGACAGUGAGGCACUUGUCUUUGCAAGGGCACGUUGAAGCAGAGGUGCUUCAGUGGAUUGUGAACCAUGGCAACUGGACCAUGUGUACGACGGUGCGCAUCACUGGUGUGCAGUUCCCAGUGUUUCAAUUGAGCGUGCUCAACGUUUUUCCCAUCCUGGAUGCCAUCACUAUCGAGCACAGCACACUACUCCAGGCAGUUGACACAGGGGGGUUCGAGCAUGCGGCACAGCUGUUUGCGCUUCGUUUGCGAAACAACUCCCUUGCAUCGGUUCCAAAACUUGCAGGGAUGACAUCCCUGGUCGAGCUUGAUUUGGACCGCAACAAAAUUCCGCGCAUCCAAGCAGAUGCAUUCGAGAACCUCACAGCCCUGUGUGAGCUCUUUCUCCACUCCAACAGCAUCAACAUUCCCACUGGCGCGUUUCAUUCACUGAAACACUUGACGUGGCUGGAGCUGGGCGCAAACCCGAUUCGGCAGCUAGACGCACACGUGUUUGCUGGCCUAACGCAGCUGCACACAUUGAAUGUGGGUGGCACCCUCCUGACCUCCCUGCCACCCACCAUCUUUCAGACAAACCGCCGAUUGAAUGACGUCGUUCUCGAAGGGAACCUCCUCACCUUGAAUGUGACAAUAACCGUCUCAAGUGUGCUACCGCCCGACCUCUUUGUACACACGCCCAACGUGCGGACGAUAAGCUUCAACAACAAUCGCCUUCGGCACGUCGACGGGCUGUUUGACACAGAGUUUCCACGCCUCGAGCGCAUUGACAUGGCGGCGAACGAACUGACCCAGUUUCUCAUUCCCAACCCAUGGCCUUCCCUGCACACCCUCGUCCUGGGCGACAAUCCCAUGCAAUACAUGCCAGACAUGACGAAAGCGCCUGCUCUUCGUGUGCUGCGCAUGCAGAACCACGGUGUCAAAAGGAUCGAUCUUACACCGCUUCUGACUCUUCCAAAUCUGACAACUGUCGAGCUGGACGCAGCGCAUGAUGACGACAGAACCAGCAGAGCAGUGUUGGACGCCACCAACUUGACACCUUCUCCACACCUGCGCACCCUCAGCUUGCAACACGUGGACGUGAGUGAGGUGCUUGGCCACCUGCUGCAACUGCCACUUCAGCUUCGAGUGAUUGGACUGGGAUGGCCAGGCGCCGACAACCGCACUUUGCCAUUGGAAAUGGUAUGCAAUGUACUGGCAGACGAGGUGGACGUGUUUCGCCUCGUCAACACACGGCACACGAGGUUGCAUCUCUGUGCGAACAAAACCUUCCAAACUGUUCAGAUCCAACGCAACGAGCACCUCAAGCUGGUCAUCGUCCCCAGUGCGCUGAGAGAGCUGAACGCGUCCGAUUGCACGCAGUUAACUCAGAUUGACGCGCCGUUCAUCGAUGUGUUGGACAUCAGCAACACACGCAUUCAGCCCAGCACUGCCUUGUGCACGCGGUGGGGCCGCCGUGUUUUCUUUGCGCGGAACCUGAGGGCCGAGAGCAACUUCAACUCGGCGUCUGCUCCGGCUACCAUUUCCACAUGCCUGUUUCUCCUUGAUGUGGUUGAUCUCUCGGGGAACAAGUGGCUGAAUGACCCCGUCGAAGUCAACCGAAUCGUGGGACACGAGAUCGCCCUAUCCGAAUCAAAUCUCCGCCGCAACGGACGAGUUUUUCCUCGCAGGCCUCGAGCGCCAGUGCUGCAACUGCAAGACGCUCCCAUCGAUUGCGCGCUUCAACUCUCGAGCGGAGACUUUGAUCUUUUCGAUAACACGAUCCCUGGGCUAGUUGGUUCAGUCACUGAGAUUGUGUACUCCUUUCAUUGCCAGUGCUCACAAGGGCAUGAGAUGCGACGCGAGCGGUGCGAACCAAUUGAGCUCGACAUUGUGCCGGCUGUGCUGGGGACGCUCGCUGGCGUGCUUGCACUGCAAGCGUUGCUGUUCAUCGGGUACCGCACGUACAAGAGGCAAAGGCGUUUACAAGCAGACAACGCGCUCAAGGACCAAUUGCUGGUAGAGAUGGACGAGGAGGUGAUGGCGCUGAAGAAGGCGUGGGAGAUUGGGUAUGAUGAGCUGAAAAUGAUGAAGCGAGUUACUGCGGGCGCAUUUGGCGUGGUGUUCAAGGCAGAGUGGGACACAGUGACGGUGGCCGUCAAGGUGCUGCAGCAAGCCGUCAUGGCAUUUGGUGAGAGCACGGUGUUGGAAUUUGAGAAGGAGGUGGAGUUCCUGCAGCGGACACGGCACCCGAAUGUGGUGCGGUUCUUUGGUGCGGGGACAGAUCCCAACGGCAGCCCGUUCCUGGUGCUGGAGUUUGUGGCGAUGGGGUCCCUUAAAGAUUUGUUGGGGAAGGACGUGGAGCAAGCGUUAACGGAGGUGGAGCAACGGAAGCAAAGUGGUGAAGAAAGUCUGGGGCAGGGUGUGACAGCAUCAGAGAUCGUGGGUGAGGAAUUGACGUUGGUGAGCACAGGACGCGACAGAAGGCCUGGUUUGAUGACUGUGUGGGGUCUGAAGCUGCGACUACUGCGCGAUGUUGCCAGUGGGAUGGCCUUUAUCCACAGCCUCGACCAGAUGCACCGAGACCUGAAGAGCGGCAACGUGCUGGUGUCUGCUUCCCUUCGCGCCAAGAUUACGGACUUUGGGUCCAUUCGCCAGUGCUUCACACGUGACAGAAAUCAGCAGCAAAGGAUACGCCUGUCCUCAAGCCAUGAUGAUUACCCUCAGUACAGCCAGCAGGCUGGGCUGCAGACGAUGACCAGCAUGACACUGACGGCUGGUGUGGGCACGCCACUGUACAUGGCACCAGAGGCACUGACGGGCGACAAGUACAGCUUCGAGGCAGACGUGUUUAGCUUUGGCGUGCUGAUGUGGGAGGUGGGGACGCAGCGACAACCUGAUCUGAUCGAGCAGGAGAAGGGGAGUGGGUAUCGGGGACCAAUCCUCGCCACCAUCAGCAACUUGAUGGCGGAAGGGAAGCGGUUGCGGUUUGAAGACAGUGAGGCAUGCAUGUAUUGCGGGGUUUGGAACGACGCAAAGUGCAAGCAAUAA